GCACAAGAAAUCGAUGAGAACGAACUCGUGAAUGUCUUCCUGGCUCGUCAUUGUCGAAACAAAGCGAUCACGAUGACGACCAUGGGUGUCACGGUGUUCUGUAAUCGAGUGCAACUGAACGGUAGCGAUCAAGAACAAGUAAUGUUAUUGAGGACGUUGCAAGACAACGAGAGCAACAUAAUCGGUAAUCAGCCGCACUUGAUAGUCCCCAAGAACAACAAUAACAGUAAUAUGAACGCCAAUUCAGUAUUACCGCCGUACGAUCCCUCCAGAUUAAAAAAACACGGGAAGAACGGUCAACCGCCGCCAGUCGCGGUUGCCCGACGAAACGCUCGCGAGAGGAAUCGCGUGAAACAGGUGAACAACGGAUUCGCGACAUUGAGACAACACAUUCCUAGCCACAUUGCCGCAGGUUACGGGGACAGGGGGAAGAAGCUAUCGAAGGUGGAAACCUUGAGAAUGGCCGUGGAGUACAUCAGAGGUCUACAGAGGCUAUUGGCUGAGGCCGAUGGUGUUGAAUACGAUAACAACGUCGGUGUCGGUCAGUGCAUGCCUUCACCAACCAGUAGUGUCGUUUCUUCGAGUCACAACGGGUCUGGUGAGAGACUGAUCCUCGAAGAUGAUGUUCUUGCUGGCGAAGAGGACGAUGGGGACAAUAUGGAGGAGGAUGAGGAUAAUAGGAAACAGAAACAGUCCAGAUUGUCGCCAAAUCGAACCGCAGUUCCUUCGCCACGUGAUUAUUACGCUUCCUCUGUAGGGGACGAAGAAAAUCUGGAACCGAGAACUCUGUCGAGCACGCAGAACUUUUCUCGACUUUCACCCAACUCCGUAGCAUCGCCACCCUCGGAAUACUAUGGGCAGAACGAGGAGAACCUAGAGCCGCAAAUUCUGUCGCCGUACAGCGGCGGCGAUAGCGAAGAGGGUGCAGUCACCGUUUACGCGGCCAGUCCAGAAACCUUUUCCGGUGCGCUCUACUACAAACAGGAGAUCACCGAGUCUGGUGAAUUCAUGGACGUCGUCAGCUGGUGGGAACAGGAACAGACCAAGAUGGUCCACCAGCAACACACGCAACGCCUGACGCACGUCUAAUGAAAAAGGCUUGCUGAAAAGUUUCAAUCUCGCUGGUCUGAUCUCACGAAGCACGAAGGAGG